AUGUCGCCAUCGGCGAGGCGCGCGCAAAUUCCCGGGCCAAUGACGCGGAGGAAGGCUCGUUCAGCCUGGAGUUUGGCAGUCUGGAUCGCUUCUACGGUAGCCUCACUGGUAGGCCCUGUUCGCAAAAUCGGAGGAUCGAUUGAGAAGGCCAUGGGGCGCGAGCAUUGCAACGAACAGGAUUGCACGGGCGAGUUCACGUCCAGCAACGGAGUGACAAAGCGGCCCAAUCUCGAGCGGGAGUUCGUCGAGAAGCCCAUUGCUGGCAAGAAGUACCCCGAGCGUUUCGAGCCUGGGGGCAGUCGUUGCCGCUGCGCCUGCACGCGGGAGGAGUUGGUGGCGAAAAUGGAGGACAAGAACGCAACGCUUUCAGAGAGUGGUCACAGCGAGCUCAUUGUUGAAGAGGCCAUGGCCGCCACUUUGUACACUGGGCCAAUGUACCACAAGUACAACCUGGUGCUCCGUGCCAAGACGGGCAAACCAUUUCUCAAGGAGCGCUUCGACAAUAUGUUCAAUGGGAAUGUCUACGCUUCCACGCUGCACGGCAUAAACUCCUUCAUCGUGAAGAUGUCCAAGAUCACAUCGGCCUGCACCCUCUGGCGCGGGUCCACGCAGGCGAAUUGA